AUGGCUGACAACAAGAACUCCCCUGAGGUCACUGACCAGAACGCGCACCUUUCGGAUGCGGGAGCGGCUCGCAACUCCGAGGAGAAGAUCGUCGCCAAGCCCCAGUCAUGGAAGAGCUAUGUGUGGGAUACCUGGGAGCUUCCGCCCGAGGAGCGCCGGCUUCUCUUCAAGGUGGACGCCUUCGUACUCACCUUUGCCUCGCUUGGAUACUUCCUCAAGAAUAUCGACCAGACGAACGUCAAUAAUGCCUUCUUGAGCGGCAUGAAGGAGGACUUGAGCAUGUACGGCAAUGAGUUGGUCACAAGCACAUCUAUCUGGACAGUGGGUUACGUCGUCGGACAGAUCCCUUCUAACCUACUUCUCACCCGAGUUUCGCCUCGCUGGGUCAUCCCUUCCCUCGAAGUGGGCUGGGGAGUCGCGACUAUUUGCACUUCGGCUGUGAAAGACUAUCAUUCGCUUUAUGCGCUGAGAUUCCUCGUCGGCUUCUUUGAAUCGGGGUUCUACCCUGGCAUUCACUACCUCCUAGGCUCAUGGUAUACCCCGCGCGAGAUUGGCAAGCGCGCUAUGAUCUUUUGGCUAGCUGGUCAUAUCGGAGGCAUGUUCAGUGGUUUUCUGCAGGCUGCCGCCUAUAAGAACCUGAGUGGUGUGCAUGGUUAUGCUGGCUGGCGCUGGCUUUUCAUCAUUGACGGAGUCAUUACGUUGCCCCUAGCCGUAAUGGGAUACCUCUUCUUCCCCAAUUUGCCCCAAGACGGAAAAAGGACCUGGUGGACGACCCAGAAAGAGCAUGAACUUUCAGUCGAAAGGAUGAGGGUCAUCGGAAGAGCUGGAAAGGAACCUUGGACCAAAGCCAAGUUCAAGAGGAUCCUGCUUAGCUGGCACACCUACUUGCUCCCAAUUUUGUACGUUAUCUGGAACAACGGAUACCCGCAGCAAGCUAUGGGAUAUUGGCUUAAGAGCUUCAACGUCGAUCCUCCGCCGGUCCCAGGAAAAUCCUUUUCCGUUCCGCAAAUUAACAAUCUGCCGCUUCCAACGGAGGGCAUCCUCAUUGUCAUGGCCUUGAUUUGGGGCUGGCUUUCUGAUGGGCCUCUGAAGGGUGCUCGGUGGCCUUUCAUGUACAUUGGCGCAGUUAUUACGAUAAUCCUACAUGCUUUGCUCCUCAAGAUGCCAUUGUACACCAACAUCACGGGCCGUAUGGCUGUCUACUGGCUAGCUUACAUGGGCCUUGGUGCUGGACCACUGAUUCUGAGCUGGAUCAAUGAGAUUUGCUCUGCCGAUACAGAGAAGCGAGCUUUGCUUGUCGCCAUGGCCAAUGACCUUGCAUACGUCGUUCAAGCUGUCGCGCCGAACUUUGUCUGGAAGACCACGAACUUUCCCGCAGCCAAGAAGGGCUAUACCUGGACGCUUGUGCUUCAAGUCUUGUUGAUCGUCUGGACUGCGAUUAUUCAAUUCCUGGUGGCGCGAGAUAAAAAGCGUGCAGUGGGAAACAGCGAUGAGGAAUCGACUUCGGAUUCGGCGGAAGUUUCCGUGGCUGAGCAGCCCAUUGACAAGGUUGUUCGUGUUAACAGCAAAGCUAUCGCCUAG